UUAUUUAAUAUAACAUUUAUAUUAUUCAAUUACAAUGAAUAUGAACAAUAAAGUGAUCAUUUUGAAUAAAUUUAUUUUUAGGUAUAAUGAGAAAUGGUUUAAAAUUACAUCCUGAUGGAGAGCAUCUUGUUUAUCCAAUGGGGAAUAAAGUUACUGUGAAACAUGUAAAAACGGGUGAACAAUUCUUCUUUGCUGGUCAUAAAAAUUUCGUUUCUGCUUUAUGUAUUUCAUCUUCUGGCGAUUUAAUAGCUUCUGGUCAAGUAAAUCAUCAUGGUUUCAAGGCAAUGGUUAUAAUAUGGGAUUAUGUCAAUCGUAAAAUGAAAUUAAGCUAUGAAAUACACAAAGUUAGAGUUGAAGAUGUAUGUUUUACAGAAAAUGGGAAAUAUCUUAUUAGUCUUGGAGGAAGAGAUGACGGUCGUAUCAUAGUAUGGGAUAUUGAAAAUGAAACUCCACUUUGCAGUACUUCCAUUGGAAACGAAUCGUUUGGAAAUAUUACACUAAUUGCACGAACUAACGUUUGCCAAACUAGUUUUAUGACUGCUGGAGAUAAAACUUUGAAAUUAUGGCGUAUCGAUUUAGAAGAACGAAAAAUGUAUGGAACGGAUGUAAAAAUCGGAAAAAUGAAGCGUGAAAUUAAUUGUCUAGUUAUAAAUGAAACUGAUGAAUAUGUAUAUUGUGGAACGACAUCUGGUGACAUUAUAAAAGCAAGAUUAAAUAUUGAAAAAUCCAAAGAAAUAACUAAAUAUCCGGUAAUGAUUGGAUGUUAUUCAAAGAUACCGACGCAAAAAAGAAAAACAAAUUCACAAAAUGGAGAAAUAUACGCAGGAGGUGUAAAAAAUUUAUUGCUUUUAGAGAAAGAAAAAUUAAUUGUAGGUGCUGGCGAUGGAACGGUCGAAUUAAUUGAAAUAAUAAAAGAAUCAAAACUUACCGCAAAAAUAACAAAAGCAUUAGUCAUACCGGCUAUUAUGACAUAUUGCUCAAGAAAUGUAUGUGGUAUGGUGACAUCAAUGGUUCGGUAUAAAAAUGAAUUUAUAUUAGUAGGAACCGCUUUGUGUGAAAUUUAUGAAAUUGAAUUGUCAAGAUUUCAUAUGCGUUUGAUUGUGACUUGUCAUACGAAUUCAAUAUUCGACGUGGCAUUUCCACGCAAUUAUUCAGAAAUAUUUGCAACAACUAGUAAAAAUGACAUACGGGUAUGGAAAUUAAUUACCCAAAAAGAAUUGCUUCGAAUUUCUGUACCAAAUUUUAUUUGUUCUAGUAUAUGUUUCAAUUGUAAUGGUAAUUCUAUAAUAUCUGCUUGGAACGAUGGUGCAAUAAGAGGAUUCGCUUUGAAUGGCGGAAAACUGUUAUUCGAAAUUAAUGGCGCUCAUACAAAAUCUGUAUCAACAAUUACUAUUACAAACGAUGAUAGUAAACUUAUUAGUGGGGGCUGUGAUGGACAGGUGCGAAUAUGGGAUGCAAAAUCAGAAAUACGAUAUUUACUGCAAGUUUUAAAAGAACAUAGAGGACCAAUAACGUCAUUACAAGUUUCACCAGAUAAUGAGAGUUUAAUUAGUUCUAGCACUGAUGGCACAUGUAUAUUGUGGAAUUUGAGAAAUUUUACGAGGAAGUUUAUGUUGCGAGGAAAUACAAUGUACAUGGCAACGUGUUUUGUUCCUAACGGUGUUCAAAUUUUAACAUGUGGUACAGAUCGCAAAAUAGCUUAUUGGGAAACGUUGGAUGGUUCGUUAGUUCGGGAAAUUGAAGGUUCACUUACUGGAACGUUAAAUACUAUAAGUAUUAGUCACGAUGGACAAUAUUUUCUCACUGGAUCAGAUGAUUCCAUUAUCAAAUUAUGGGAAUAUCGUACCGCUAAUACUAUUCGUUUAAGUCUUGCACAUGCUGCCGCGGUUACUCGUUGUGUCUUUGCUCCAGAUGAUACAUUUAUUGUCACGGCAAGUGCAGACGGUGCUAUAAUGAUUUGGAAAUAUCCUUUUUCAGAAAAAUUAAUAAACAAAGAAUAACAUAAACAAUGACAAACUUUAAUAAUCAAUAGCAAAGAUAUCAUAAAUAUAAUUUGUAGAUCAUGUUGUAAAUAAGUUUCAUGUAAAUGACAAAUAUCUUUUUUCCAUUUUUUAAAUAUAUUCAUAAAAUCUAUAUAUCAGUUCAUAAUAA